CUAAAUGGGUAAGAUUGUAAAAAUGAGGAAACUGCAUACUUUCUCGUCCUGGAGAGAACAAACACUGUAGGGGUAUUUGCGUAAAUUAAUGAAAUCCAAGCAUCCUCAGAAUUCUAAGAGCUAAGCAAACCAACUUGUAUCGGGAGAGGGAGAGCUAAGGAGAGAAUAAAAGGGGAGGAGAGGGGCAGAAGCGCCGUUGCUCGAUCUCUCUGAAGGCGAUCGCAUCAUAAUCACCCCUCGAUUUUUUUUGGGAACUACCCUCACAUUAUCAAAAUCAAAAACCCUAAUUUGGCUGCUUCUAUUUUUGGUUCCUCUCUUCCCCUGAUCAUUUUUAUUCCGGUUUUGCCCCUCUCUCAUUGAUCAUCAACAGCAGCUUGUCAGAUUCACCAGAAACCCUAAUUUUUCUCUAUGGCUACGACAGCUAAUGCCCUUAGUACCUCGAUAGCAUCAACGCCGACUAAUCACUCACCUCGGCAUCCCACCCCUGCGGCUGCCGUUGAGAAUCAUAAUCGCCCUCAUUCACGGCGCGGUAGUGGUGGUGGUUCAAGAGUGGUGUCCUCGCCGUGGACACAAAUUGUUCGGGGGGAAUCGGAGACGGUCACUGUGGCAGCCACUCAUUCACCGUCGGCGAGAGAGCCGAUGGUUGUGACUGAUCAACCAGUGUUGGUUGCUUCAUCAUCCUCUUCUUUGAUGACGACGGCGGAAGAAGAGAUUUUGGAUAACGGGAAUGUUUCCAACAGCAAUGCGGCUAAGAGGCCAGUCUGGAAUAAGCCGUCGAAUGGGGCUACGGAGGUUGGGCCGGUGAUGGGAGCGGUUUCCUGGCCUGCUUUGUCUGAGUCAGCUAGGGCUUCAGGGAAGCCGUCUCAAGAUUUAUCCAAAGGUUUAUCUGAUGGUUCAUCGUCUGUCCCAGUUCCACAGGGAACUGGAAGUGCAUCUUCAUCUUCACAUAAACAAGUUAGCAAUAAUGCAAGCCCUAAUUCAACUCCAAAUCAUACAAUGUCAGCACGCCAGAGAUCAAUGAAGCGUAAUGGUGCUAACACAUCUUCCAAUGGUGGCACCCCUCAACCACCAGGAUCACAGCCCCAAACAGGGGAAGUUCAUUUAAAUAACCCUUCUCCUAGGGAUCAUUCACAAAGGAACUCACAAUCCCGUGGUGCUAAUGAUCACCCACAACAGCAGCGCAAUUCAUUCAGGCGCAAUGGCGGUCCACAUUCACGUGGAGAUGGUUCUCACCAUCACAAUUAUGGGGGCAGACGUGAUCAAGAUCGUGCAAAUCAAGACUGGAACACUCAUCGAAACUUCAACAGCAGAGAUAACCAUAUGCAGCCACAUAGAGUUGUCCAAAGGUUUAUUAGGCAUCCACCACCUCCACCGCCACCACCUACUACUGCCCCAUUUAUUGGAUCCCCAAUGCGGGCCUUUAGCAGUCCCAUUGGAUUCCAUGAAUUUUAUUAUUUUGCUGGCCCACCUCCAGACACUCUCAGAGGCAUGCCUUUUGUUGCAGCACCAAUACCACCUCCUGCAAUGUAUUUUACUACUCCAGACCCUCAGUUGCAUUCUAAGAUAGUGAAUCAGAUAGAUUAUUAUUUCAGUAAUGACAAUUUAAUUAAAGAUACAUUCUUGCGGCAGAACAUGGAUGACCAGGGCUGGGUAUCUAUUAAAUUAAUAGCAGGCUUCAACAAAGUUUCACAUUUGACUGACAAUAUCCAGUUUAUAUUGGAGGCUAUAAAAAGUUCAUCUGUUGUUGAAGUACAGGGCGACAAAGUAAGGAGGCGAAACGAUUGGAUGAGAUGGAUAAUGCCACCUUCUAUUCAGUUUCCAAGUGUUUCAGGUCCUCCGUCACUUAGGAGGUCCAGUCAUGACAUGCUGGCAGCCCAUGUCCAAAGUAUUUCAUUGGAGGAGAAUGCUGCUAGCCACAGCAGUGGAAGGAGUCCAGCAGAUGUGCAUAAUGAAGCAUUUAUCGGCAGAUCUUCAUCUGGGGAAUUGAAUAGCCAGUCGCUUGUAUCUACUACUGAAGGAACAGGUCAAGUCAGUGUACGGGGAGGUUCAGAUUCAUCUACUUGAGCAAGAAAUUUGAGCAAGUAAAACGUGUGCUGUGGCACAUUCUACUGGAACUUCUUGGUAGAAGGUGGGGAGUGACGGCUUUGAUUGCAGUGGUGGAUGUCUCGUCUUUUCUUGGUGGUAGUGGUCUUGCCUUGGCGCGAUGAAACACAGUUUCUCGUGGGGCAAUUAGAAAGACAAGUAGAAGGAAAGCAAAAGAAAACUUUUUAGACAGACGAAAAACUGAAAGAGAUAAAAAAAAUAUAUUAUAUAAAAAAAAGACAGAAAUGAAAAACAUUUAUAACUAGAGCUAGUAGCAUGAGUUUACUGGGAUGUAUCUAUGGUUUUUGUUGAGGGGGGGAUGGGGGGUAUUGUGUUUUUUUAUCCCAUAAAUGUUUGUGGUGGCCUAUUUGGUGUUAUUAAUGGGGGAAUUUUGGUUUUGCAUCCCCGUGUUGCCCGCCAGCUGGGUUUUAAAAAUCUCUGGGAUCAGAUCAUCUCCGAUUAGAGGAGGUAAAUAUAUCAUUUCUGAGAGAUGGAACAAAAGAAUAUAGUUCGUAUCGAGUCUUCGUGCUGUGAGGAGAGAGUGGCUUUUAUGGGAUGCUGCGGCUUAUGCUAUGAUCUGGCUGUUUAGGUUUCUCGUAACACAUUAUAUUUAUAAUUGCAUUUAUAUGUAUACCUUCUUCAUACCUUUUGAAGAUUUCACUGCAUAAAAUGGUCCUCUCAGUGAAACCAUGGCAACAUCUAGUUUCAGGGCUGGAUGUGUUUGACGUUAUAUUUGUGUUAAAUUUAAGACUUAGAUUGUGGAAUUUGGCCAUAUCCGAAUGAUUUUAUUAUGUUUAUUAAUUCAUAUCGGUGUCUGGAUGA